AUGGGCUUUCGUUGUUUCUUCGAUAUUUUGGUCACGUCGCCCAUCAUUUUCUUGGUAGCAGUUGCUGAUACCGAGCUUCCAAUCGAUCAAGAAGAAGCUAUUGCUGAUGCCGAGUUCGCGGAUUACAAACGCUACUUGGACAAUUAUAUAAAGGAAACUUGUGGCGACGUGGGGGUCUGUCAUCUGCCGGCGGGCGUAUGCCAAAAAGCUGCGGAGGAAUUGCAGCUCCAAUUCCAUGCGAGAAACGUUACGAAGGUGCGCCGAGUUGCACAGUUGCUCGUCGCCGUCAAGACCCCAAAGUAUUUCGCCUGCGGCGCUCGAGCGGUCUGCCGGACCUACACGACCAGAGCCUGGAUGACCAUCAACAUGUGGUGGGGCAGCUCGCAUAUGUUGACGAAGACGGAAAUUGACGAUUGGAUGGUGAAGACCAAAGAUGGAGCCGGGUUGAUCGAGAGGUUCCGCGCAAAGAUCUUCUCUAAAGAGCAAACCGAGUUCGAUCGAUACAAGCCAUCGGAAUUUGACCUUGGUCUAGCCGACGAUAUGAUGCCGGCAUACACCGUGUGGAUCUGGCAAGACAGUGAUUGGAGGCAAGAAUGCACAGGGGAAACGGCCUCGGCCCCAGAACUCGGUGGUCAAAUCAGGCACCUGGAGUGGCAUGACAUUCAGAACCGCCUCAUUGUUAACGAGACAUACUGCGUACAUUUUUCAUUCUUCUUU